GAAGCGUCGGGAGCUACACGGGUAUAGUGCGAAGGGAAGAAAGCGUCGGGACUUGCCAUUGCUACGUCACAUCACAAUCACUCGGGUUCGCGGCACACCAGACGCGGGGGAACGACUGACGAUCGCUACCUACCCGGCAACAUAUACCUCCGACACUCGUUCACUCUGAAUUUGGUCUUUGGGCACUUGGAGUUGUACUGCUUUUAUAUCAGAACGGUUUGACUUUGUCUCUCAAAUAAAUCUACUAUCGCUAUGUUGACGCGCCUCUCUCAUCAUGAAGCCGUGCACCUUGACAUCACUCGUGCUCGCCAGCACUGCGCUGGGGCAUGAUGCCGUGGCGGACCAUGUGCUGGAUCUCUCGAACCAAGCGUGGAGGCUGCAAAAUCUGCCGCUCAACAUCUCAGUGCCUGGAAAAGUGCCUUCGCAUGUGCACCUCGAUCUGCACGCUGCUCAGGUAAUUGGCGAUCCUUAUUUUGGCCUCAACGACUUCAACCUGCGCUGGGUCGCUUGGGCCAAUUGGACUUAUGUGACUGAGGUCAAGGGCCUCAAGACGGCCAACACGAGCGGCGAUCUCAAGACCUUUAUCCUGUUCAAUGGGCUCGAUACCUUUGCAGAUGUCUCCUUCUGUGGCAGACAUGUCGCAACCACGGACAACCAGUUCCGGCAGUGGCGGCUCGACGUGUCCGACGCGGCCAGGUCGUGCGACAGCGAGACACCGGAGCUCAAGGUGACGUUUGCCAGUGCGCCGAACAUGGCUGCCUAUCUUGCAUCACAACCGGACGCCGAAACCUGGCCAUGGGGCAUCGAGGGAUGGUUCGAGUUCCCCCAUCGCGCCUUCAUCAGAAAAGAGCAGUCGGAUUUUGGCUGGGACUGGGGACCGGCGUUUGCUCCCGCGGGCAUUUGGCAGAAGGCGUGGAUCAUCCAGUUGACGCCGGAUGAGGUGUACGUGCCAAAUUCAGUCAUGGAUCUCUAUCGCCACGGGCAGGUGAACAACCUGCCGCCGGACCAGACGGCGGACUGGGUGCUCAACUGCAGCAUCGACGCCCUGAACAGCUUCCCCAAGGAUGCCGAGAUGAAGUUCACGGUAAAGGAUGACACUGGGAGAAUUGUCACGAGCGACCGCCUCACCAACAUCAGCAAUGCUGGCGACGUCAUCACUGGUUCUGCCACAUUGGACGCGAAGCAGUACAAGCUGUGGUGGCCGAGCGGAAUGGGUGCGCAGAACCUCUACAACAUCACAGUGGAUGUGGUGAAUAAGAACAAGACACUGGCAUCUGUCACAAAGCGAACCGGCUUCAGAACCAUUGUACUCAAUAUGGGUGAGAUUACCGAUACGCAGCUCGCACAGGGGAUUGCGCCCGGGAACAAUUGGCAUUUCGAGAUCAAUGGGCACGAAUUUUACGCCAAAGGCAGCAACUUCAUUCCUCCAGAUGCGUUUUGGCCGCGGGUCACACCUGAGCGUAUCCAAACACUGUUCCGAUCCGUCGUGGCCGGUAACCAGAACAUGCUCCGCGUUUGGGCCAGCGGAGCCUACUCGCCCGACUUCAUGUACGACGCCGCAGACGAGAUUGGUAUUCUGCUGUGGAGCGAGUUCGAGUUCGGCGACGCGCUGUAUCCCGUCACAGAGGAUUUCCUCGAGAACGUUCGCCAAGAGGCCGUCUACCAGGUUCGCCGCACGAAUCACCACCCUUCGCUGGCGCUUUGGGCCGGCGGCAACGAGCUGGAGAGCUUGGAGCUCCCGGGCGUCAACCGCAGUGCACCGGAAGAUUAUGACAGAUACUUGCACGAAUAUGAGACGCUCUUCAUUGAGACGCUUCUGCCUGCUGUAUAUGGCAACAGUCGCAGCAUAACAUACAUGCCAAGCAGCACAGAGAACGGAUAUCUCUCAUUCAAUUGGUCUCGCCCGAUCCCCAUCAUUCAAAGAUACAACAACAAGACGGAGGGCUCCCUAUAUGGCGACACUGAUCACUACAACUACAAUUACCGCGAAGCUUUCAACAUCAGCACGUACCCCGUCGGGCGAUUCGCCAAUGAGUUUGGCUUCCACUCCAUGCCGAGCCUCGCAACCUGGAAAGAAGCACUACCGGACGACGAGCUCUACUUCAACAGUUCACAUAUAAUGCUCCGGAAUCAUCAUUACCCAGCUGGUGGGUUGAACAUAACAAAUUACGACAACUCCAGCAAGGGCAUGGCCGAGAUGACGCUGGCCGUGAGCGAGUACUAUCCACUGCCCAACAGGGCUGACCCGAUUGCCAAUUUUUCGUCAUGGUGCCACGCAACGCAAAUCUUCCAAGCCGACUUUUACAAGUCCCAGAUCCAGUUCUACCGCGUGGGCUCAGGCGCCCGCGAAAGGCAGCUGGGCAGUCUGUACUGGCAGUUGGAAGACAUCUGGCAAGCCCCGACCUGGGCUGGCAUUGAGUACUCCGGGCGCUGGAAGGUCUUACACAACGUCGCCAAAGACAUCUACCAGUCGGUGAUUGUGGCGCCCUUGUUCAACCAAAGCUCCGGCAUCUUGAGCGUAUAUGCUGUCAGCGAUUUGUGGAGCGAUGUCAAGGGUUCGGCGACGUUGGGGUGGAUCGGCUGGGAUGGUCGCCGCCUGAACCACACGAUAGGGGACUUCGACCACAUGACGGGCGCAUCGUCCAAGUUUGGACAAGAAGAGGUCCAAUUCACCAUCGGGGCAAUCAACACUACGCUUCUUACUUCAUUCAACAUGACGAAGUUGGCGGAAUCGAAAGGCUUCAAUGCCACGGAAUGUCUGUUCGUGGCCAACCUCACAGCCACCGGGACACCGAUAAACGGAGACGCAACGAGAACAUAUCGGCACACAAACACAUUCACCCCAACGCCUUUGUCAUCCGCAGCGCUGGUUGAUCCCGGCUUGAGCGUCGUCUAUAAGAAAGGUGAGGACGCAUUCGAGGUCACCGCCAAGCAUGGUGUCAGUGCUUGGACGUGGCUGAGCGUCUCGGACCGAGACUCGUCGGUCAUCGUCUCGUUUGACGAAAAUGCCUUCCUCUUAAACAAGGGACAGACAAGACUGGUCAAAUACUCUGUCAUCAGUGGCAGCUCACCUGGCUGGGAGGAUCGGGUGACGGCAGACAGCAUCUAUGGGGAGGGUCAGAAAGACUAACUUUUUAGGAUGCGGUACUACUUAACUAUCAGCGGCCUUACAAUACACGUCUAGAUGCC